AAAUCGCCUUUGUUUACCAUUAUUAAACGGCUGAUAGUUAUUGAAGCGCUGCCACCUUUUUUGAAUUUAAAAAUUAAGAAGACUAAGAACACAAUGGAUGAUGAUACGACCAAUUCCGAAGACAUCAAUAAUACCAGCACUGAAUCUUUCGCUACAGCUGAUAGUAGGGAGCAAAAUUAUGUUAAAACGAGAUGCCUGCAGCCGCAGGAAGUGUUGUCCCUGGAUCAAAAAUUGAACCGCAUUAUUGUUAUCCAGCAAACGGACCAAUCCUAUCAUCAGGCGUUAGAAGACAUACGCGACCAAACUAUAAUUUCAAUAUUGGUGGAGCCCAGUUUCUAUGGCCGACACUGUAAAACAUCUGUGAUUGUAAUUGCCACGGCGAAUAACACUUAUGUAUUUGAUCUAAAAGCCCUCGGUGUCAUUUUUCCCGAACUGUGUCUUCUGCUGGAAGCGGAAUAUCCCAGGAAAAUAUUGCACUAUAGUCAUCGAAUAUGUGAUCUUCUGUUGCAUCAGCACAAGCUAAUAAUAAAUGGAAUUUGUGACACGUUUGUUGCCUUGUGCGUGGCUCGACAGGAUCGAAGCCAUUGCUCCUUGCAGGAUGCUAUUGCGAUAGUUUUGGAAAUAUCGCCAACUGAGCUAACGUGUCAUGAGAUAACGAGCGCUAACGAAUCGGUUCGGACCUUUACAGCACGUCCACUGUCCAAAGGGCAACUCCGGUAUCUGGCUAAGCUCGCCAUAUUACAACACAGGCUACACGACACUCUUAUCUACGGAAAUAUUUGCAGCGGUCUGCUAGAAAUGUCAGGGAAAUUCAGCUGUGAAUUUAACAAACAAAGAAAAUCCGAUGAAGUGGCGAUGAAAAUGCAUCCAGGUAGCACAGCUGGCUUUGACUGCAUAAAUCCAUACUACAAAAUAUCUACAUCAAUAGAGUAGAUUCUAUUGUAUUCGUAUUGGCAUGAAGCAUACAAAUGCAUGCAUCACAUUCCUUAUAGUUAAAAGAAUAUAAUUAAUUAUGUUAAUAGAACAUUAAU